GGGGGUUGAGGAUUAUUAUUUUUUUUUUUUUUCGCAGCAGAAGUUGUUUGUUUAUGUUAUUCCACACGGAUAUGUCCUCUUCAAACCCAGAGUUACCAGACCCAAAUCUGGGUAUGGGGGCAAGUGGGACCCAAGCAAGUGGUGGAGCUGUUGUACCAAAAGGGACCAGCAAAAGAAGAGCUGCGCAAGACUUUGAUGAUGAUGAUGAAGGCAACAAGUUGUUCAGGUGUGACGAUGACUUGGGAGGGUCCAACAAUGACAAAGAGCGCUUUGCGAGGUUUUUGGAAGAAGAUCAGAGUUUUGCAGAUAAGGAAAAACUAGCCAGGGAGAAUCACAGUGAGAUUGAAAGGCGGAGGCGAAACAAGAUGACAGCCUACAUCACAGAAUUGUCAGAUAUGGUGCCCACCUGCAGUGCACUAGCACGGAAACCAGACAAAUUAACCAUCCUACGAAUGGCUGUGUCCCAUAUGAAGUCUCUGAGAGGAAGCGGCAAUACCAAUGCAGAUGGGUCGUACAAACCUUCUUUUCUGACUGACCAGGAACUGAAGCACCUCAUACUGGAGGCAGCUGACGGCUUCCUCUUCGUGGUGUCAUGUGAGACUGGCCGCAUUGUUUACGUUUCUGACUCCCUGACACCCGUCCUCAACCAGUCGCAGUCUGAAUGGCUCGGCUCCUCCCUUUAUGAUCAGCUCCACCCAGACGACACAGAAAAGCUCAGGGAGCAGCUCUCUACUGCUGAGAAUAACAACACAGGGAGGAUGUUGGACUUAAAGACAGGGACAGUAAAGAAGGAAGGUCAGCAGUCGUCAGCCAGAAUGAGUAUGGGAGCCCGUCGAUCGUUCAUCUGCAGAAUGAGGUGUGGCUCUUGUCCAGUGGAACCAAUGUCCAUGAACAGACUGAACUUCCUUAGGAAUCGAAACAGGAACGGUUUGGGUGCAGCCAAGGAAGGGGAGCCUCAGUAUGUAGUGGUCCACUGUACAGGAUACAUCAAGUCCUGGCCCCCUGCAGGAGUAUCCUUAACAGACGAUGAAGCAGACAACACUCAGGGGAGUCGCUACUGUCUAGUUGCCAUUGGGAGAUUACAGGUGACUUGUUGCCCGGGUGACACGGACGUCAACAGUAUCAGUGUUCCAGUAGAGUUCAUCUCACGCCAUAACUGCCAGGGCAUGUUUACCUUCAUAGACCACCGCUGCAUGGCCGCUGUAGGCUACCAGCCACAGGAACUACUGGGGAAGAAUAUUCUUGAGCUUGCCCACCCUGAAGAUCAGGGGUUACUGAGAGACAGCUUCCAACAGGUAGUAAAGCUGAAGGGCCAGGUCCUGUCAGUGAUGUUUCGGUUUCGCUCCAAAUCAAGAGAAUGGAUCUGGAUGAGAACCAGCUCCUUCACCUUCCAGAACCCAUUUUCAGAGGAGAUUGAGUAUAUCAUCUGUACCAAUGUCAAUGUCAAAAACUCAACUCAGGACCCCCUCACUCCCAUCUCCUCCCCAGGGGGUUCGCUGCCCCCCUCCCUGUGCCAGAACAGCCCAAACUGCCCUCCUGUAGUGCUCAGCCCUGGGCAGGUGGCCACCAGGCAGUUACAGCAGCAGCAGCAGGCCGAGCUAGAGGGAGGUGGAACCAGAGACAGCCUGUAUGAGGCAGGACCAAUCACCCACUCACAGAUGCCUGUGCAGCCAGUGACAGCAGCAGGGCCAGACCACAGCAAGAGCCUUGAGAAGCCAGAGCUCUACCCUUCCCUUUUCCAAGGCCCAGAUCAGACCAAGGUCCUGCCCUCCCCGCCCGCUCCCUCCACGCAGAUCUAUCCCCAAGCCAACAACUUCACUGCUGGUCGUCCCAAUGAUGCAUACAGCAGGCCAGUGGGUAUGACUCCACAGAUAACUCCUCAGAUGGCACAGCCAGGCCACUCCGCAGGGCAGAUGCUGGCUCAGAUGUCUCGUCAGAAUGGAGUCCCGCACUCAGUUACGCCCUCUAGCACUGGAAACCCCCUCCACGGAGGACCAGCAGCAGGAGGAGGGUGGCCUGGAGCUGGAGUUAGACCACAAUUUAAUAACCAGCCUUCCUCUAUCCAGCAGGCAGCUCCUCAGGCAGCAAAGACUAUGUCUCCCUCGUUUGCACCCAUGGGAGGAUUUGGAGGUGGCCCUUCCAACUCUUUUGGCCAGAUGCCUACAGGUGCCGCUCCCACCCCAACCAGCGCUGCAAACUACUCGCCGAUUAAUGUGCGGGCCAACCUCACCACCAAUGGUUAUGAUGGCUCUCAGUCUGGGCCACAGUUCCCCUCUAGGGCAGUGGAGGCAGUGUGGCCCCAGUGGCAAGGCCAGCAGCACUCGCAGAGUAAUGCAGAGCAGCAUCCUCAUGCUCAGGGCAACCAGCAAGACAUGUUUCCUGAUGUGUUGUCUAUGCUGGACCAGCCUGCCAACUUCAACAGCGAUGACUUUGAGAUUCCCAUCUACCCUCCAUUUAAUGAGUGACCUGGUCAAUACUUCUCUGCUGGUCUAAUCCUUUGUCUUCUUGACUGUUUGUGCCCUCAGUCUUUUGUAUAUUCAGCUCUUCUGCUCCUCUUCUCUUCCUGCUCCUGAGAGUAGCACUCUUCCCUUGCUUUGCAUGGCUUAAAUUGCACUGCCACAAGCCAGUUAAAGAUGGAGGGAUAUAUCGGACAGUGGAUAUAUAGGGGAGGAAAAUCAAGGAAUUGCUACUGACUAAAAGAUGAUUAUUUUAACAAUAUUCCAGCCAUUGUAAGAGAAUUCACUAGCUAGCACUGCCCAAAGCUCAACAACCUAUGUUGUAGAUAUGUGAUAUAUAUCUAUAUAUAUCUAUAUAUCUCUAUAUAAAUAUAUAUAUAAAAACGCACAAUCACACAACCACACUUGAAUAGACUGCACAAAAACACUCUGUUACACUCUGGUAAACGUAUACAGGAAGUAAACACACACAUACAAAGGCCUUUUAUUGUAAUAUGUUCCUAGUUUUUCUCAGGCAUUGAUGAAGAGUGUAUUUUGCCGUUUUACUCUUUUAGCAUGUAGACUAAUAACUCAAAUAAUUGAUUAAAACUCUCAGGAAAUUGCAGGGAUAUACAGCUUUGGUGAUUUUUAAAUUUUCCGCUGCUGCACGCAAACCACCAGUCUGUGUUAACAUCACUCACAGUUUUAAAUCCACAGCAUGUCUCUGCAUGUCAGCACUGCUUUCAUGGAGCUCUUCUACAGUACUGAGGAAGGUUUUCUAUGUACAUUGGUGGCCUCACCUAUAAAAUUAUUAAGUUUUUCCUCUACAUGUGAGUUUUUUUUCUUUUUUUUUUUUUCUUAAUUGAAUUAUGUACUUCAACAACAGACACAGUGUUACAAUGGCUACAUGCUGUUUGUCUAGGUGCCAGUUGGAAAUGUAUGCAGUCUAUUUUUCUUUGCUUACAUAUACAUAUAUACAGUAUGCAUGUGUGUAUGUAUGUAAAAUGGAUACGUAUGGUAUCAUUAUCAACUUUAACAGUCGUAGGGUUUCUGACUUGCUUGACAUUCUUCUUUCUGUCGCCCUGCGUUAUGCUGUACCAGAAUGGGCUUUUUGUACUCCUUUUUGUAAAAGAAAUACAAAAAAGAAAUCACACAGCAAUAAUUAACAAGCAGGAAUUGUGUACUUUUAAAGCCAUUUGUUAUUGCUGUCAUAAAUGUUGUUCUUGAUUAUUGUUAUUUUAAAAUGGAGAGACGUAUGUUUGAUUUUAAUUAAAAUGUAUUCCCUGUAUUUUAUUGUUAUUUCAAAACUCUUGCUGAUCUCUUGACCUCUCCAUUGCCCUUUUCUGAUUGGUAUUUUAUUAAUGGUUUAAUCAGGGUAUUCAGGAUUAAAAUGGAAUAAACUGAGCUAAAAACAACAUAAGUGACAACGCCCCCCCCCCCCCAAAUUUUUGUUUUUGUUUUUGUCUGUGUGUUUUGUCCUCUUUGUUUGUAACAAACAAUUGGACUUGGACUGAAUCUUUGCCAACCAGAUCCUAUCACCUGUGUUUUACAAUCAUUUUUUGGUAAGUUUGUAUUAUAGAAGAAUGUUGUGGGAUGAAUGAAAAUGCUUCUAAAAUAUUAAAAUUUUUAAUAUGUAGAAUUAGUUUAAAUUUGACCCUUUUUAUCACGGUCCUCCAUUGCCUGUGUGCAACACUUGCACACUCAGGAUGACAAAUUCUGUAAUUGUAUGUAAAUCGAUGCUGAUAAUUGUCCCGUUUUCAUCUUCCAGAGGGUGGUAUAUUGGUGACUGUGUUGUCUUUGUUAUUGUUGAUAACCUCUUUGUUUGCUCUGUAUCCAGGUUAUUUUUUUUCAAUGAUGUGACUCAUAGAAACAAAUAUAUAAAUAUACUGUAUAUGUCUAUGAAAUGUUAAGCGAGAGAAAGAAAUGUUUGGUUUUUGUAUUAAAUUGUUAUAUUGUCGAACAUGAA